AUGCCCAAAUCACAGAGUAUUACUCACGAGGCGACCACACUGAGUUUCCCAUCAAUGGAACACGACAGCGACGAUGGCGCGGCGGAUGAUGCUGGGGUGGAGGGCCACCUCCCCUUCCGACAGUACCUCGUCCAGCAUAAACGCAAAUUACCGUACCUACUGGGGAACAUUCGAUACAAACGACCGUUCGAUGAGGAUGAAACAGGAAGGAAGGAAAUAGUUGAUGGAAGGGAACUCGUGAAAAAGGCCCUAGACUAUCUCUAUGGUGGGGUUCGGUACCGCCGGGCGACAGGUGCUGCCUAA